CCCCGGUCAUGACGGGCAUCAGGGUCUCGGAUAUGAGCCCCUGGAUGGAACUUCGGUUCAGUGCCGAUGCCUGCCAAUCUGUCGAGAUGGAUGGACCCUUGAUCGAGCUUGGCUUGCCUCCUUCUAAAAUACAUCGUACCUACGCAGUAGAUAUCUAUGUAUCCUACACAUACAUACUUCGUACAAAUAUCCUUACCCCGUAUGCUCUGUGAAAUACGACACUCGCCACUCACUUCGGAAGAUUGUAGCGGGACCCCCUCCCUCUUUCUCUGUUUUCUAUUUUUAUCACCGUGCCGAUCCGGCACGCUCCUGUCGUGUCUCCACAUAAAAAAGGAGGAAGGUGCUCCACCUUCCGCCGAUCCGUUCGGCCGCCUCUCCGCUUCUACAUCGUAUAUCCCGCGUCUACCAUUCUCUAUUGCAAACCUUCAUCAAACUGCCGCCGACCUGGACAUCAAGCGCGCGGGGCGGGAAGGAGGAAGGCGUCAUGACCAUCGCACUUGGAUGCAUGUGGUGUACUCACUCAAAAAUUUACGAUCCGAGCUCCAUCGCCUCCACCGCACUUGGACAACUCCCUCGAGCCGUUCACGGUUCCGACAAGGCACGGCCUCUAAUCUCGAGCCCAUUUCUCUCUCUCUCUGUCUCUCUCUUUCUCCUUUUUUUUUUUUUCUUUCUUUUACUUUCACUUUCUUUUUGCUGCCGUGUUGCCGUGCGCUAUGCCUCCUCCUCCGCCUCGUACGAGCCUCAAGUCUAGUUCGGAUGACUAUCGGCUGCCUUCGGGAGCCCUCCUCGUCCCAAAAUCCGACCGGGCGUUUAGGCCACCAAGCCACCUCAGCCCUGCCCGGAGACAAAGACUACCGGUGUCAUCAGUUCUGAGCAAGGGGAGAAAAGGAGAGAGAGAAAGAGAAAGGAAAAGAAGGAAAAAAUCUCACGUUGUCAGAAACCUCGCGA